AUGGUGAAUAAUCAAACUAUUAGAAUAUUGAUUAGUGUAUUGAUCAUUGUAUCAUUAUUCAUUUAUAUGAUGAUGAUGAUCAAUGAUAGGGAUGGAGAGAUUGAGAUACUAAAGAAUGAUGCGGCAGAGAUACGAUUAGAGUUGAUAGAACGGGCAGAUUAUAUAAGGACGGCGGAGGAGGAGAGGCAACAUUUGGAUGUAAUGCAAUACCAAAAGAGUCAAGCACUAUUUCAAGCAAAUGCAACUGCACAUACAAGAUUGGAGAAUAUGUUGAAACUGUUAAACGAUCAGACUAGAACUGCUCAAUUCCUUGAACACGAUGUGCAAAGAUUAGAAGAACUGUAUCGUCGAGUAGUGGAAUCACAAAUGAUACUGGAAAGAAAGGCGAGCGAGUUGGAACAUGCAAUUGUACCUAUUGUAGUAUUGACAUGUAACAGAUCAUUCUAUCUCAGUAAAUGUUUGACGGCACUUGAAAAGAGUCGUAAUCAAUCAACUCUACCUAGACAUUACCAUCCAAUCAUCGUAUCACAAGAUUGUGAUGAUAUGUUGACCGACAAUAUACUGUAUCGUGAUGAUGACGAGUUUUUGGCAAUGGAUCUCGUCGCUUGGAGACACCCUAAUCGUACCAAAUUACUCUAUCCAUACCAAUCAAUCUCUAGACACUAUCGUUGGGUAUUGGAGGAGGUGUUUAAACUUGGUUAUUCAACUGCUAUCAUUAUCGAGGAUGAUCUUCAAGUGUCACCUGAUUUUAUAUCUUAUUUUGACCGUAUGCAUCCUCUGCUACUCGAUAGUAAACAGAAUUUGUUUUGUGUGUCUGCCUGGAACGACUUUGGACAAUACAACACACUCCCCGCCCAACCAGAGACUGUACUCGACCAAUUCCGACGUACCGACUUUUUCCCAGGUCUUGGAUGGAUGUUGACACGAACCUUUUGGCUAGAAAUACGUGAUCAUUGGCCAGAAUCCUAUUGGGAUGAAUAUCUCCGACAAAAGAAUAUUACUCAUGGAAGACAUUGUAUCUAUCCAGAUAUCCCACGUGUCAAAAAUCUUGGUGAACUUGGUACAAGUGGAGAAACCAUUUUCAACAAUCAUCUUAGUAAAAUGAUCUCUAAUAAUAUUACAAUCAAUUAUCAAAAUAUAUCAAUAUUUAAUUUAUUUAAUGAAAAUUAUAAAAAAGAAUUUGAAAAAGAAUUUACGGUAGCUAGAUAUAUACAAUUUUAUGAAAUUGAAACAUUUAAAUUAAAGAAUGAAACAUUGAAAGUAUUUUAUACUAGCGUACCAGAUUACAGUCACUAUGCAAAUAUCAUGGGAAUACUAAAUGAUACAAGAGAAGGUAUACCAAGAUCAUCCUACAAUAAUAUAGUUAGAAUCUAUUAUAAAUCAAAUAUUUUAUUCCUUGCACCAAUAAAUUCUUUUGGUUAA